GGUGCUACCACACCUCUGCAUGUCCUUCUUCCUCAAGAUUGUGUGCCCUGGAGGUGUGUCAGUCCGAUAAGGGGCUCGAACAACACCAGCCUAAUCUUUUUAUUCGGAACAGCCCUAAACACACACACUUUCUCUGGCAUAUUUCUGGACCAGUAGGUCUUGUGCUCUCAGCGAACGAGGAAGGAACAACGGAGGUGGCAGGGAGAUGAACUCUUUAAGACUCAAGGCGUUGUCAAACUCGGGCUUGUUCAGGCGAAGACAGGAGAGACCAGAUAGCUAUGGUGUGCUUGAGGACGGGUUCAGCAACAUGGCCAAUGCCCUGGCCAAUGCCAUGUGUGAGCGCUGCAAGAGUGGCUUUGCUCCAGCUGAGAAGAUAGUGAACAGUAACGGAGAGCUUUACCAUGAACAGUGCUUUGUGUGCGCCCAGUGUUUCCAACAGUUCCCGGAGGGACUAUUCUAUGAGUUUGAAGACAGGAAAUACUGUGAACAUGACUUCCAGAUGCUCUUUGCACCAUGCUGCCACCAGUGUGGUGAGUUCAUCAUUGGCCGCGUCAUCAAGGCCAUGAACAACAGCUGGCACCCUGAAUGUUUUUGCUGUGACAUAUGCCAGGCCGUGCUCGCUGAUGUAGGAUUUGUUAAGAAUGCAGGCAGGCACCUGUGUCGCCCGUGCCACAACAGAGAGAAAGCACGUGGUCUGGGCAAGUACAUCUGCCAAAAGUGUCACGCCAUCAUUGAAGAGCAACCUCUUUUGUUCAAGAAUGACCCCUACCACCCUGAUCACUUCAAUUGUAACAACUGUGGAAAGGAGUUGACUGCUGAUGCCAGAGAGCUGAAGGGGGAGCUUUACUGUUUGCCCUGCCACGACAAGAUGGGAGUCCCCAUCUGCGGGGCCUGCAGGAGACCCAUUGAGGGCCGUGUGGUCAAUGCAAUGGGCAAGCAGUGGCAUGUAGAGCAUUUUGUGUGUGCUAAGUGUGAGAAACCCUUCCUGGGACAUCGCCACUACGAACGGAAGGGCCUGGCCUACUGUGAAACACACUACAACCAGCUGUUUGGGGAUGUUUGCUACCACUGCAAUCGUGUUAUAGAAGGAGAUGUGGUGUCAGCCCUCAACAAGGCUUGGUGCGUCAACUGCUUUGCUUGCUCCACUUGCAACACCAAGCUCACCCUCAAAGAUAAAUUUGUCGAAGUGGACCUGAAACCGGUGUGUAAGCACUGCUAUGAACGUCUGCCGGAUGACAUGAAAUGUCGGCUGUCAAAGCGAGAGCGCGACUCAAAGGAGAAAAAGAAGAAACCAUUGAUACCCAUGAAUAAGUUUGUGGAGUUUGACAUGAAGCCGGUGUGCAAGAAGUGUUAUGAAAAAUUUCCACUGGAGCUGAAGAAGAGACUGAAGAAAUUGUCAGAAACUGUUGCACGGAAGUAAACACAGCAUUUUACGUGAACACCUGACGUGCUGCCACUGAGUUGUACUGCAGAGUUUUGAGUGCCAUUUAAUGGGCCUGACUUUCUCUGUAGGUACAGCCUCUGUCAUUUGUAUCUUAAAAGAACCUUUCACUCUGUUUCCUUUUUCACACUUCUAUGUAACCGAAACAGAUUGUGAUGGAUUAUGUUACUGAUGCUCGAGCAUAUUAAGAGCAAGCCCAAAAUGGAGAGAAAAAUGUUGAAUACUUACACAGUAGAGCAGUUAUUUACUUUAUCACUUUAUACUAUGUAUUAUAUAUGUGUAUUUUCACUAAUAUAUACUGUAUACAGCAGCCGAUUCAGUUACCUUGUUUCUGUAAUAUGUAGAUUUGUCACAUUGUCUUUGUAUUGCCUUCAUUAAAUUGAGGAUUUAUUGGUUGGAUUGUCCAUUUAAAGUGUGUUUCUACUCCAAUCGGUUCAUGUGAACUAUCUGACGUUACCCCAUUGGUUUGCUUCGAAUUCAGUGUUUGGAAAAACGUCAGUACAAAGCUUAAGAGUGGCCAGGUGUAUUUCAGGGUGACUGUUUUGAAUUUACAGUACAACAUGAUGGACAAUUGCUUUUGCAUGUGUUGUUUAUUGUUGUGUUGUUUGUAAUUCAGUAGCAUUUCUUAUCCAGUUAAAUUUAACCUGAACUGAAUUUUGCCAUAAAAGCAUGUAUCUUCUAUUCAAUAUAGUUGGACAUUCCAUAGUGUAGCAAAAACAUUAGCCAUAUGUUUUUGUUGUGAAUUUCAUUUCAAUUAUUACAUUUCAUAGUACAUUCAUUCAUAUAGAAAUUCUUCAGCCACACAUAAAAGGCAGACUACGGUGAUGCUACAUAGUAUUUUUUUCUUCACAUUGUUUAGCAAUCACAUAAACAUGACAAAAAUGUAAAUCACUGGUGUCCAAACUACAGCCCGAGGGCCAUUUGUGGGCCGCUCAAUGCAGCCCUUGGAGGAAAAAGAUUGAACUAGUUGUAGUAGUUAGUCAUUCAAAGAUCAUUCUGUCAGCUCAGCAUAAUAAACAUGUACCGUAUUUAAAUUACGUGUGAUGUC